AAAGGGAAACAAAAAUGUCGCAAGCACUGCGCCUCGCAACGAGUCUCUCUCGCGCCUACCCAUGGGUCUCAAGCCCCUUCAUCGUGAGCGCGCCAAUGCGUGUAAUGUCCGGUCCGGCGAUGGCAGUCGCUGUUUCGCGCGCAGGCGGACUGGGUUUCCUAGGGCCAAGUGUGAAGACACAAGAUAUGAUCAAAGAUCUUGAGGAGAUCUCUGCACUGGUACACGAUUUGCGUAAAUCGUCGUCCGCAUUCUCAACAUUGACUUGCACCCUGCCAGUUGGCGUCGGCUUCCAACUCUGGAGUGAUGACCUCGAAACCGCGAUUUCGGGGAUCCAGAAGUUCAAACCAUGCGCGGCAUGGCUGUUCGCUCCACGGAACGGUCAAACUGACUACGACAACUGGUCCCGUCGGAUUCGCGGUGCGUCGUCCCAGACUCAGAUCUGGAUCCAGAUUGGCACCCUUGCCGAGGCAAAGGGCCUCCUGAAGGGGUCUGAGCGACCCGAUGUAAUUGUCGUCCAAGGAGCUGAUGCCGGUGGUCACGGUCGGGCAAAGGAUGGGCUGGGACUUAUUACGCUUCUCCCGGAGGUCAUUGAUGCGCUGGCAGGAAGUCAAAUUCCUAUCUUUGCUGCAGGUGGAAUUGCUGAUGGGCGCGGGGCGGCAGCGGCUCUAUGUCUUGGCGCUGAUGGAGUGGUGAUGGGAACGCGAUUCUUGGCCUCAGAGGAAGCGCGUAUCAGCCGUGGAUAUCAGAAUGAGAUCGUCCGGGCUUGUGAUGGAGCCGUUGCUACCACGCGCACGCUACUUUACAAUCAUCUUCGCGGUACGAUGGGCUGGCCCGAGGAGUAUAGCCCGCGCACAAUUAUCAACCGGAGCUUCAUUGAGCACCAAGAGGGGCGGUCAUUUGAUGAACUCAAGAAGGACCACGAUGAAGCUCUUAAGGCUGGGGAUGCUGGUUGGGGACCGGAAGGCCGGCUUGCUACCUAUGCAGGUGCAUCCAUUGGUUUGAUUCAUGGCGUGAAAGACGCUGCGACCAUUGUUCACGAGGUUCGGGAGGGCGUCCUGGAGCGCUUCUCUGCUGUGGGGAAAUCCAACUUAUAAGUCGUAAUCUCCAGCUCUUAUCAUUUGAACCUGAUUGGUACCAGGGCAAGAUCUUAUCAUGUUACUAUG